UCUUACAAAGGGUUCAAUCAUAAAUCAAGACUUGGAAUAUUUUCUCCAUUUCAUUUUAUGACUCUUAUGUGUACUGUAAAUCUGCCCUAUGUUAACUUUAAAUCAUCUUUAAUAUGUGAAAAAAACUUAGAAUUGCACUAAGUCCCCAAGGAAGAAUUACCUUUAAAAUUAAAAGGUUCAUUACUACAAAGAAGUUACAUUAUUUCAGUAUAAAGCACCUUAUCCAAGGAUUAAUUCUCUGAAACCCUUUUACAGCCUGAUUAGACAUGUCAGCAGGAGUUAACCUUAAGUGCUUCCUGCUGAGAUUUUACAUUAGAGCAAGAAAAGAUUUUUUUCAUCUGUCAUUUCAGUGAGAUUAUGAAAUCAUCACUAUAAUAAUUUCGAGGUGUUUUGAUGUUGAAGCAGUUUUUUCUCUAAAGCCAUUCUUUCAAAUUUAGAAAAAAUAUGACAACUAUAAAAUCCAAUUAUUUAAACCCAAUUUAUUAUAUUUAACUUUUUGGUAAAUUGACCUAACCAUGGAAUCCUUAAAUGGUUUUAAGUUUGUCAUUCAAUAUCAAAAACUCAUUAAUUGCAUAGUGGCUUGAUAACCUAUUUGGUGCUAUAGAAAGUAAGACAAAACAAAGUUGACUCUUGCCUUGAGAUCUGUGUGACCUAAGACAAUGUUAAUGGAGACUUUAAGGACAACAGCAUAUUGGAUGAAUUCAUAGACCAUAUUUGUGAUAGUUAAUACUGAAUAUUAAUUUGAUUGGAUCGAAGCAUGCAAAGUAUUGAUCCUGGGUGUGUCUGUAAAGGUGUCGCCAAAGGAAAUUAACAUUUGAGUCAGUGGGCUGGGGAAGGCAGACCCACCCUUAAUCUGGGUGGGCACCAUCUAAUCAGCUGCCAGCAAGUAUAAAGCAGGCAGAAAAACGUGAAAAGUCUAGAUGGGCCUAGCCUCCCAGCCUACAUCCUUCUCCUGUGCUGAAUGCUUCCUGCCCUCGAACAUUGGACUCCAAGUUCUUCAGCUUUGGGACUCAGACUGGCUUUCCUUGCUCCUCAGCUUGCAGACGGCCUACUGUGGGACCUCGGGAUCAUGUGAGUUAAUACUUAAUAAACCCUCCUGUGUGUGUGUGUGUGUGUGUGUGUGUGUGUGUGUGUGUGUAUUCUGUCCCUCUAGAGAAUGCUGAGUAAUACAGUAUUGCUGUGUUCAUCUUAAUAAUUUCAAAGCAUUUUUCAAAAAUUUAAUCCCAACUGUUAGAAAUAACCUACAAGAAAUCCAGUGAGGCCUACCUAACCAGAGAUAAGUGAUUUACCUGACAAUAUGCAUCACAAAUCUUAACUCUCAUUUCAUUAGUCCUAUCCAGAGACCACAUUUUCUGCUUAAGCAAUACUUAGAUGCACAUCUCUCAGCAAACAAAUCAAUUGGACAAUUUAAACUAGCACUAUUCAACCAUAAUGAACUCUUGUUGAAAAACAGUCUGUCCCUACUUGUAUAUUGUAGUGAGAUGAGAUUCCACUCUUCAUGUCAGAAUGGCACUUACAUGAGUCAAAGUGUCUAAAUGAAAUAAUUUAAAUGGAAUAAAGUCAAAUACUUAUGUUUUAUUUUUAAAUUAUCCUGUAUUUGCAGUUAUACUUUAAAGUGUACUCCCUUCUCUAUCCUAUCAUGAGGACUGGACAGCCUCCACAGAGAUGGCUGGACAAAGCAAGGGAAUUUACUUAGGUAAGACACCAUUUCUCUUUACUCUGAAAUCCCUGCAAAUGUAGUUAUUCCCGAGGAGACUGUGCAAUGACUGAUGGGUUUAGCAUCCUACAUGAGGGGAAAUUGCCAUUCCCAGCUGUAAAAUGAACAAAUAUCCAGUUAUUUUUUUUAGCCAUCUUAUAGCUUAGCUAAUAUAACAGGAUUUACAGCCAAUUAUACAUGAAAGUUUAAUUCUGUGUCAGAUAAAGCAUAUCUUUGAUGCAGAAACAGAGGCAGCAUUAGGCCUUACCUGGUUAAAAGGUUUUUGCUUUCUAUUCAUUCGUUCGUUCAUUCAUUCAUUCAAACCUAUACUUACUGAAUGCUGACUAAAUGCCGGGGGGUUAUUAAGAGAGAUUUAAAUAAGAUGGGAUCUUUGACUAUUACAGGUUUCAGCCUAGGGGUAAAUUAGGGGAAGACAACCACGUAUUCAAAUUAAUUAAGAGUAAUGGUUGUGUGUGUGUGUGCGUGUGUCUGUGUGUGUGUGUGUGUAUGUGUGUUUUACAUGCUUGUCCUGUGUAAAUAACAUGUCCACAGUUGCACCUCUGGGGUGGAACAUCUAUAAAAUUUAGAUAAUGAUACCCACUUUGCACGGCUAUUGUAGUGAGUGCUCUUAUACAUUUGCUAUUUAUUAAAUAACUAUUAUUUCUGAUCUUUCUGUUCCCACUGCCGGUAACAGUGAUUUGCAUAUUUAACUCAAUAAGCAUCUACUGACAUGAGUUGAUCUGUUGAUGUAAGUCUGCUCAAUAUGGUCUUGCUCUCGGUAUAUGUUUCUUGCCUUUUUGAUGCUUUAGAAGGCUUUCAAGGUAAGUCAAGCAGGGAACCUGAUGGGUAGAUGAGGGAAUUUUCAAACACACAACUGUCUAAUUUAGGGUCCUACAUGAACUUGGUAUAUAGUGUCACUUAUUUAUAAAUCAGAUUUUUAAAAUUGGAAGCAACUCUGUGAUUAUCUAGUCCAUCUAGUCUACAACCUUCCUUUUACAAAUGAAGAAUCCAAGAGCCAGAAGCUCCCAGACAUCCUGACUCAAUGUCCUAUAUUUGUUGCAUAGCCUCCUUUGUGGAAGUUAUGUAUGCAUUUGACUUCACUUAAUCUAAGACAUCUAUUUUCCUUGAACUCUUGAUAGGUCUGCUGGUUUCCUCAAGGGAAUCCAAUCUAGCUGGAUUUUAAUCUCUUUGAAUUGUGUCCUCAGCUAUAAAAGUUUUAGCUGAGGUUUUAAUGGCUGCACUUAAGUAAAUCUAACAGAUGUACCAGGGGGUGUUCCAAUUACAUACACCAUUAAAGGGCUUUAUGUGAGGAUUUUUAAAAAUCACCAUUAAAAAAAAAAGCCUAGUCCAUGUGCAGUAUAAUUUACCAGCAGGAAAGAUUUCAAUGUCCUGGAAAAAUUCCCUAUAAAAAGGAAGAUAGGAAAACAGAAAAGUCACAGUACUCAACCUACUUCAAGGGAAGCUUGGGAUCUUUUUGGCUCUCUGCCUCUAAACAGGUAAAAGGCUUUGUAUUAUUUCUAACACGAGUUUUUCUUUUUUAGAUUGCAUGCUAUUGUAUGUCUACAGGGCAUUUGACAGCCCAAGGGCUAAAUCCAGGUGUGACGGUAUCUAAUGAUGUCCUGUCCUUCACUGUCCUUGCCAUCACCAGCCACAGAGAUCCAGGCUUUGGGGAAUCCCACAGCUUAUCGACCAGUGUUUGAUUUAGUCUUUAGCCUCUUUCCCAUCAAGUGAAAAUUAACUUGGAGACACAUUUCAUUAGAAAAUUAGAGGCCCUCUUGGCUAGGAAGGCAUCUGGUCUGGGACUAACUACUUUGAACAGUGUUGAGUCCUCUCUCCCACAGAUGGUUCAGCCAGCAGUAAUGCUAGGAAGACUGAAGGAUAAAUAGAAAAAUGUCAUUAGUACCAUGGGGUAGCCAUUUAAUGUCAAGCAAUUUUAUAUUAGCCAGAGAUUCCUAGUAGGAGCUACUUUUCUUAACAGAUGGCUCAGUUCUCUUUAUCUCAGGAAUGAAAGAGUUGAAGACCAAUCAACAACAGGGGAAAUGUUAAAGCAAAAUGAUGAACUCGAUAAGGGAUGAAUUAUGGGGUUUGGAUAACCAAACAAUAAAAAUAAAAGUAUAGACUAUUUUAGUACUAAAAAGGUCCUGAACGUGUGAGCUUAAGUACUCAUUUUGUCCCCAGUGGCUAAGAAACUCAAGGCAAGCCAGCAGGUGUCUCUGAGUCUCAGUGUCCGUGUGUAAAAACUGACUCUGACUUCCGUCUUCUGCAGGGUUAGUGAUACAGAUGCUAGCUUUUUCACUAAAGAGGUCUUUUAGUUUCUACUCAACCUUGUCUGGAUCUAAUUUGAUUGUGCAUUCAUGUGCCUUAGAAUGGAGCCAGUUCCAAAACUCCUAGCUGGCCUUAUUCUGCUGACUUUGUGCGUGGAAGGCUGUUCCAGCCAGCACUGGUCCUAUGGACUGCGCCCUGGAGGAAAGAGAGAUGCUGAAAAUUUGAUUGAUUCUUUCCAAGAGAUAGUCAAAGAGGUUGGUCAACUGGCAGAAACCCAACACUUCGAAUGUACCAUGCACCAGCCACGUUCUCCCCUUCGAGACCUGAAAGGAGCUCUGGAAAGUCUGAUUGAAGAGGAAACCGGGCAGAGGAAGAUUUAAAUCCACUGGGCCAGAAGGAGUGACCGUUACUAACAUGACUUAAGUAUAAUUCUGACAUUGAAAAUUUAUAACCCAUUAAAUACCUGUAAAUUCACUGAAUUUCAGAAAUCCUUACACCAAGUUGCGCAUAUUCCAUAAUAAAGUGCUGUGUUGUGAAUGAA